AAUACAAUUAAGAGGAUUUUAAUAUGGACCAAGAACAACAACGUACGUAAGAGCUCGUACCGUGUUGUAAGCGUGAAUUUGCAAUUUAAAAAAAAUGUUUAAAAAACAUUUAUGGCGAAAUAGGGACGUUUUAAGGACUUUUAGGAGUAAACAUUCGGAAAAGUUUUAUAGUAACGAUGCCAGUUUACCCCGGCAGGCUGACGUCGUGAUUAUCGGUGGUGGUAUAGCCGGAUGCAGUGCGUUCUAUCAUUUAUCCAAAAGGGGAAUUAAGCCGAUUUUAGUUGAAAAAAGUAAAAUUACGGCCGGUACGACUUGGCAUACGGGAGGUUUAGUAUGGAGUCUAAGGCCUAACGAUACCGAUAUUCAAAUAUUGCAUCGCACCAAGGAAAUCUUAAAAAGUCUGGAAAGCGAAACCGGAGUGGAUCCGGGAUUUCAUAAUAAUGGAGGGAUUUUUAUUGCUCGCACUCCUGAACGUCAAGAAGAGUACAAAAGACUGCACACCUUAGGGCACUGUUUCAACAUCGAAAGUCAACUGAUAACCCCAAAAGACGCCCAAAGGAUCGCCCCUAUAUUGAACCCCGGUUCGUUCUAUGGGGCUCUCUACACCCCCACUGAUGGUUAUGUGGAUCCGUCUAUGUACUGCAACGCCUUGAUCAAGGGCGGCGUGGCCAACGGAGGACAAGUUUUCGAGCAAACGGCCGUCAAUAAGAUUUGGACCCAAGAAGCGAUUCAGGGUCUUAAGAAAAUCGUUGGAGUGGAAACUGAUAAAGGGCCAAUUAAAACCAAUACGGUGGUGAACGCGGCUGGGGCAUGGGGAAGGAAAAUCGCGAACAUGGUCGGCAUCGAAAUCCCAUUAACACCCAUGAAACACGCGUAUGUGGUGACCAACAGCGUGGAGGGUGCAAAAGGUUCGCCCUCGAUCAGAUGCCACGACAGUUCCCUUUAUUUUAGGCCCCAGGGGGACUCCAUUUUAUUUGGCGGCUACGAACCGAACCCCGUGAUCCUUAAGGAGGUACCGGACGAUUUCGAUUUUAAACUGUUCGAAUUGGACAAGAGUGUGUUCGAGACUCAUUGGAAACACGCGGUGGAACUCUGCCCCUCGUUCGAAAAGGCCGGCAUCAAAUCGGACGUGUGUGGCCCCGAGGGUUUCACCCCCGAUCAUAAACCGUUGGUCGGCGAGGAUCCCAUCGUUGUCGGAAUGUACUACAAUCUUGGCUACAACUCCAUGGGAAUGAUGUUGAGCGGGGGCGUGGCCGAGCAACUGUCCUAUUGGAUCGUCCAGGGCAGACCGAACUGGGACAUGCACACGUUUGACAUACGGAGAUUUUCGCAACGACAGAAACCGGAUCGGGCGUGGGUUACCGAGACGAGCCACGAGAGUUACGCCAAGACUUACAGCAUCGUAUACCCGCACGAUCAACGGUUGUCCGGAAGAAACCUUCGGAUCGAUCCAUUUCAUGAGCACUUGGUGGCAAAUGGAGCCGUGAUGGAAGAAGCCCUGGGAUGGGAACGUCCCGGUUACUUCAUAACCGAAGACCGAACCGCCCCAGUACGCGGCUACGACUGGUACGGGUACUACGACCACGUGAGAAACACCGACCAACGCUACGAGAAAGAACUGGAACGAGAUUUGACCUUUGACUUCUCCAGGAACAUGGAACUGAUCAAAGGGGAGGCAUUGGCGGCGAGAAACAACGUGGCCCUCUUCGACCUCUCUUGCUACACGAAAAUGUACCUGGCAGGUCCGGAUGCCGAGGAGGCGGCCGAUUGGCUGUUCACCACUCAUUUGAGUAAAACCCCAGGGAAAGUCUCUUACACCCUCUCGUUAAACUCCAAGGGGGGGAUCGAGUCUGACGUCACAGUAACCACUUUGGAGGAGGGAGCCGGGACCCUUGUGGGGCCCAUUUUGAAGGGCAAAGGGUAUUAUAUAGUAGCAGGAGGCCAGUCUGGAUACCAAACAAAGAGCCACCUGAGAAAACAGCUGUUUAAGAAGAACUUCCGCUCCAGAAUAACCGAAAUAACCGACAGAUUGGGAAUAUUAUCGCUCCAGGGGCCGAAGAGUCUGGAACUGUUACAAUCGAUCACGGAAUACCCGAUUACCGACGAACGAUUCCCAAUCGGGAUGUCCCACAUUAUCAAAAUUAAUGGAUACACCUGCCGGGUGAUGAGGAUCAGCUACAUCGGAGAGAUGGGUUUCGAAAUUCACAUCCCCUAUUCGCAUUGCGUGGCGGUUUACCAUAAGGUGAUCGAGGCGGGGCGUGGUUUCGAUCUGAAGCAUGCCGGUUUUAGAGCUUUGGACUCUUUGAGCAUGGAAAAAGGUUAUCACUUGCUAAACAAAGACAUCAGGAUUGACGAUAAUGCGGUGGAAGCAGGCUUAGAAAGGUUCUGCAGGAAGGACGGCCAAUACCAAGGGAAAUCCGUGGUAGAGCGCGUGAAACAAGAAGGACCGUUAAAAAAGAGAUGCUUUUUCACUUUACAAGAUCCAGUGGCUUUAUAUGGCCUGGAAACUAUUUGGAGGGAUGACGUCAUCGUUGGGUACUUAAGAAGGGGGGAUUACGGCUACGCUCUGGAUUCGCCUAUAGGAAUUGGCUACGUGCGGCAUCCAAAAGGUAAAGUCGUGGGAAAUGAAUUUUUGAAAACCGGUGAUUACCAGAUCGAGGUGAGAGACAGAAAAUAUCCGGCCACCUUGUACUUGAAAAGUCCCUUCGAUCCGACCAAUCAGAGGCUGUUGGGCAGAUACGAGAACCAGUUCGAGGAGCAGUCGCAUUUUGAGGAUUAGGUUUAGUUUAGUGAGGUUAAGUGUAAACGGUAAAAGAUUGAGGGGUUAAUUUGUUAAAAUAAUGUAUGUUUAAAUAAAUAACAGAAAAGUGAA